AUGGCACAUUAUGUGCUCAUGAGGAUGCUACUUUUAUGGUUUUUCAGUCUCUAUGUUGUGUUUGCAAGGCCACAAGAAAGACCAGAAUGCAGUAGGAAAUAUUUACCUCAAGUUGGAGAUUUUGAUCUGAAAAAGUUUGGAGGAAUUUGGCAUGCUGUUGCCUCUACAGACCGUGAUGAUAUAUUUCACCUCAAUGGAACUAUUCUUCACAUCAGACCACAUGAUGAGUUGCAUGCAGGUCUAAAUAUUGCUGGCAUAGAUGCUGAAGUCUGUACUGCAUCCAGACAUAUCCACAUCAAUGUAGUAGAGAAAUCAAAACUAAAUCUACUAAAUCUUGAAGAGACCUAUUGGGUGACAUCAACAGAUUACAAGCAGUUUGCUGUGUUAUUCCAAGCACCUCAUGCUGUGCACAUUCUCAGUAGAAGGAGACAGCUUCAACAUGGGGCUAAUCUCAGACAUAAAAUACACAGACACUUAGAGCAUCAAUUAUGUGUUCCACCAAGAAGGCUUCAGUAUAGAAACUCGAAGGAUGAGCACGAUACUGAUAUUCACAUUAAUGGUGACUUGAGAGAAGCUGUAGCAAAUGAAAUUGUGGAAGAGAUCAAUACAGACAGCAAAAGGGAACUGAAGCAUGCAGCAAUAGAGAAAUUUAAACUUGAAGAGGCACAGAAAUUUGCUAAUGAGAUUACAGAAAAUAUUGCACCUGUUCUUGUACAUAAUGUUGACAAUGGUAGUAUCACAAGUAUACAAGAAAUUGAAGGGUCUGGAGCUACUGAAAGUAUUGUUGAUUUUGUAAACAAAAAUAUAGAUAGCCUAGACAGAGAUGGGAAGUGUCUACCUCCAACUGAUGGAUAUGUGACUCUCACUGACACCCCAGGGGACAUGUAUUCCCAUUAUGUAUCAUUUCAUGACCGACUAAAGAUUAUAGCGAUAACUGAGAGUCACAUGCUGACCAUGAUGUGUAAUAAAGUGAAUGCAGAUGGAAAGUGUAUAAAAGACAAGCUUCAGAUUGACAUCCUUGGAAAAACACGUGACAUAGCAUCUGAUCUGCCAGUUAAAUUCCAUGAAGAGCUUGAAAGUCUUUGUAUUGGGGAAGAAAAUAUGGAAUUACUAUCACAAGCAGAGAAAUGUGAUGUUCCUGAUGAUUUACAGACCAGUAGAUGCCAACUUAAUGAUUUUCCCAUCCAGAAUAACUUUGAUGAUGAGAAGACUGUUGGUGACUGGUAUCUUGUAGCAUAUCUUACAGAUGCAAUACGGGUCAGUGACGUCUCCUCGUCUGUUUCUAAUGGAACACAUCUCAUAUACACCCUCAUACGAGAACAAAAUGGAAAAUGUUUGGCACCAAGGACGUUGGAUUAUCCUAUUGACAUAUCAAUUGACAUAGCAGAUAGUUCAUUUGAUUUGGGAAAGAAUAAAAAAUUCCGAAUGAGGACUGUCUACUAUGCCAAUGGUCUUGAGAUUACAUACAUGUGUAUCAACCCUUUUGAGGAUGGAUACUGUCCCAGAGAGGGGAUCAUAUUCACAGUCUUCUCAAAGAGACCAGUCAACCUAGAUGACAAAGAGAAGGAAAUUGUGUUAGAUUUUGCAAAGAAGCUGUGUAUCAGUAAAGAGAAAAUAUUUUUCAAAUCAUACAAAGAUAAGGAAGUGUGUUCUCUAGGAAGCAGGUGUCCAGAUAUUGCAGUAGAUAAAAUGCCAGUAGCAAAAUAUUCAGACCCACAUCAUUUGAGUGAUAAAGGACCUCUGUAUGUAACUGGUUAUGCAGUUAAAAGGCACACAACUCCUCUUGGAGUAGCAGUUGAUACAUUCUCUAAUGGUGAAAAGCUGUUUGUAAGAUAUAAGGCAUGGAAUUAUAAGUCCCAGCAGUGUUCUGACGUUUACUUUGAGGAACACCUUAAAGAUUCAAUGUUGAGCACUUCUAUGUACACAGUAAAGAACAAUACUCAUUAUCGUUAUCUGUACAUGGAUGAUGAACUUGCUAUAAGUUACAAGUGCAACUUGACAGAAUCCAAAGAUGACACCUUAAUAUGCUAUGAUAAUCCUCAAUGGAUUGGACUCUUUACAUUAAGCCCUGGCACUCCGAGUAAAAGGGCAAAAGCAUUAUUUGAAAAAUAUACAGAAGCAUCUUGUAUGAAUGUAAAUGAUAUUGUGUAUUCCAACAUUACUCAAGAAUACAUGCAGAUUCUGUACAUAGACUCUGAUGUCAACAUCAUCUUGAGUUGCAUCACUGACAAAUCAGAGAAAAGACGUACAUGCAAGAAGGGAACAAUGUUGAUUGAGUUGUUCAGUACAACUUUAGCACCCCCUAGUGAAAAAGCAAAGGAACUAUUUAAGAAGUUCGUUGAUGCUGCAUGUGUUGAUGUUGAGACAAUUGUAUUUAUUGAGAAACCAUCAGAGUCUUGUGUUUUAAAAGAAGAGAUUAAGUGUCAUAUUGACAACUUUCCAAAGGCAAUAGCCUCCAGUGAUCUGCAAAAGUAUGAAGGCCAGUGGUUCAGUGUAGCAAAGAUGAAAGAAGAGAUGGAAGACUCAAGAACAUUCAAAUUGAACUUUAAUGACAAUACCAAGUCUAUUUCUUUCAUUUCUACAGGAUCUUUGGAAAACAACACAGUUGUCAAUGAUCCAAAUGCAUUCCUCAGCAGGUAUGGCCUGAAUGAUACAGGCCUGAAUGAUACAGAUGAUCUUACUUUUGAGGUUCGUGAAUGCCCUGAGGUCAUUCUCAUACACUUUUUCCUUGCCAUAUCCCCACAGCUGGAGAUAAAGGCUGGGGGAAUGUCUACAGUAGUACCAGAGAGCAUAUUACAAGAGGCCCAAGAGGUGUUUAAGACCCUAUGUAUCAACAGUACAAUGGACCUGGAGGACACAAUACAUGAUACCCAUUGCGCCUUUCCUAAAAUGAAUGGUUCCAGAUGUGACUUCAACAAUCUACCAUCUGAGAAUACCAAUCAACCAUUCCUUGAAAAUAGGAAAUGGUAUGUCAUUGCACAGUCAAAGGGAACAGUUGAAUUAGAAAAUGCCCGAAGUUGGGUACAAACAUCAAGCUCUGGGAUUGUGGAAUUCAUCAUAGCUGGAGCCAUGAAUGGAAUAUGUAUUCCCCCAUUGAAAGGUUACUAUAUCACUGAGGGUGAUGAAUUAUAUGCACAGUUGGGAGAAUACAGAGUUGAAGUUGGUAAAAUAGUCUAUAAUGAUCCCUAUGACAGGUUUAUGGUUAUUUUGAAAUGUCCCGUGAAGACUCCUGAUGAUAAAUGUGACAAGAUCGAAGUACAGAUAGUAUCCCCCACCAAGAAACUCCCAAAAGAUGCUGACUUUACGAUACAAGAUAUCUUAAAUGGACUUUGCCUGUCUGUGGAUGAAUUACAGUACAUAGAUCAUCAAGUUGACUGUCCCUUCCCAGUAGAAUUUCCUUCUAUGUUACGGCCAACGUGCAGCAUCAAAGAAAUGACCCUAGCGAAAAGUAUGGAAAUACACAAGAUAUAUGGUAAAUGGUAUAAUGUGCUUCGCCUUAAGGGUAAUCAUUCCUGGACAGAUGGGUCACAGAUUCUGAGGGAGGGGACAGUAGAAAAUACUGUCCUUCUGACAUACUUCUCAGCAGACAGUGCUUCUGGGAAAUGUUUACCUGUUGUGAAGGGGGUAAUGGGAUACCUAAAGGACACUCCUGCUGCUCUUUAUAAGAUGGAUGGUGUUUCUGCAACCAGUGAUUUUGUGCGCCACGCCUAUGUCGAUGAUGAGUUAUUGGUUGUGUAUGGUUGUGAAGAUACUGUUGUCAAUAAUACUUGCCCGAAUGACCGACUAUUUGUUGAGAUCUACCAAAAAGAAUCAAAUUUGAAAGAAGAAAACAAAGCAAAAGUACAAGAAAUCAUAUCAACUCUAUGUUACAAAUUUGAAGAUUUUGAAUUUAUAGAGACUAAAGUGUCAUGUGAUCACUUAAAUGAUACAUACUCUUGGAGUGCUCCACCAACAUUUGCCUCAGAUGUCUACAAACAACUGUUAAAUGGGAGAUGGUACAGUAUUGAAAGGUUCAACCAUGAGGUGACAACAAUGGCAUCAGUAGUGACAGACAUGAAUCUACAUGAAGAUGGCCUUAUAGAUAUGGCAAUCUCAGGGCAGAGGAACGGUGAAUGUAGACCAACCUCACACUUUAAAAUUCAACUUGAAAAGAAUGGGGAAAUGAAACCAAUGGAUUUGGAUACGAAGAAACCACUGAAAACAUCAUGUAAGACUAUAGGGGUAACCUCAGAUAUGAGAUCACGUGUGCUUCUAUGCUGUAAAUUUACAAAAUCAGAGGGGGAAUGUAAACAUAUCGCAAUGGCAGAGAUAUUGUCCAGGAAUGUGACUAUAGAUAUAGCAGACAAGAACAACCUGUAUGAUGUUCUACACAUCGCUGGUAUUGAUGUGACUAAGAUGCAAACUUAUGAUAAUGACAUGUUAUGUGAGCCGAGUACAGAGAAACAUGUUGUUCAUAACAAGUCAUGCAAAGUGAAUGACAUUAGGCACCAACAAGCAUUUGAUGCAUCUAAGAAUGCUGGUGUAUGGUAUGCCAUAGAACGUAUUGAAGGAUCAGGUGACCAAACCAACUUCUUCACUUUGGUCAUUGGUGAAGAAAGACAUGGUCAUAUUACAGCUGAAGCUAUACCUCUUAUCAAUGGAGAGUGUGGUCGUGUAGUGAUUUUUACUAUGGAGAAAGUAGAUGAUACAUAUGCAGAUACAAUUGUCACUCUUGGCAAAUUUAAAGUAAGAACAAAGGUUAUCUACAACGACUAUAAGACUAUAGCUGUGUUGUACAGAUGUAGUCACAUACUGGAGGAUGGCACAUGUGACCCGAAUGCUUUAGAUAUUGAUAUCAUAUCUAGGGAUCCUUCUAGAAAAUUAUAUGGCUUCAUCAGGGCAGAGCUGCAUGACAUGCUGAACUCCAUAUGUAUAGACAGUGCUAAACUGGUCAAGAAAAUGGAUAAAGAGAGCUGCUCACCAGCGACACUAAAUAAAUGUUAUGUCAAAGACAUGCCUGUCGAGCAAAACUUAGAUUUACAAAAGCUGUCUGGAAUGUGGUACAGAAGGGCAUCAUUGGAUCUCAAGAAGGGAUCAAUUGGAAAUCCUCCUGCUCUUCAAUUCUCAGUUGGUUCAAAUGGAGAACUUAAAGGAAAAUACAGGCUAUCAUUCAAGGGCAGAUGCUUACCUCCAAGAAGGUUCACAACAACCCCUGUUGAAAAAGGAUCAGGAACAUUUGUAUUACGGAGUACUGACAACUGGCAUUUGUUUAAAAUUAUAGGUACACUGAAAGUUAUUGAGACGGAUUACUCCAAUCAGCUUAUCCUAUAUAGAUGCACUAAGAUCAUGUCAGAUGGGACAUGUAAUAAAGAUGCCCAACGUUUCAACGUCUUUUCAAGGUCGCUGUCUAAGAUGGGACUCUCUCAAGAACUUAACAACACACUGAGAGAGCUCACUAAGAAGCUCUGUUUUGAUAUCAGUGAAAUUUCACCAGUUAAAAAUGAUGAUGUUUACUGUGAAAUACCGAUAGAGAAUGAGGCAUGCAAACUGAAGAACUUUCCCCUCCUAUCUAAGAAAGAGAUUGAUACAGAAGCCCAUCUCUUGUUUGGCCACUGGUACAUAGUGGAGACCUUGUCCAGGGGAUCAUCUUGGGACAACCUGCAACAAUAUAUUGCACUGGACUGGGGGGAUAUUGUCACUUAUACAUCUGGCUCAAGAAAUGGGCGAUGUCUUCCUACAUUUACGAUCAGGUACACAGUUGAUGAAAAUAACCCUGGCAUUCUAAAAAGCAAGAGCAGCUCAGCUAGAGUAAAGUGUAAUUUAACAUAUAUGGAUGGAAAAGCUGUUGAGGACAUCCCUGGUGUUGUUGCAAGCAUCGAAACACAACCUCUAUUUGAUAUAGAAAAGUGCUGGGUUGGUAUUGGCUUGUUGAAACCACUGCUUAAUUAUCUCCUUAGAUGUCCCUUCUGGUGCUUUGUGACCUCCAAAACUUGGACAACUACAUUAAGUUGUUCCCAAAUAGGAGAGACAUAUACUUAUGAGGGGGACUCAACAUUUCAGCACUCUAUAGGUGGGACACAGAAAGUGCUGAAGGUGAUUGAGACAGAUUACAAUACAGCCAGUAUCUAUGCAUGUAGUUCACUGCUGUUGGAUGGGGAAUGUGAAAAGGGUUCUUCAGCUAUGCUUUUUGCAACAAGAAAUUCAACAUCAGGUUUCCCUAAUAAUGCAUCUGUAUAUGGCGAUUUAGUACAUGACAUCUUGGUGAACUUCAUUGGGAGAUCACAUAUCAUUAGAAAUGAAAUCACAGAUGACUGUGGACCUACACAAGAAACAGAUGUUGGUCAUACAUGUAAAUACAAAGAUUCACCAGCUCAAGCCAUAGUACACAUGGAAAAGUUUGCUGGCAUUUGGUAUGGGGUUGCUGUAUCAAAGAAGGAAGAAUUCAUGGUUACAGAAGUUCAGGUUAUAUCUGAUGAUGUCAUAUCCAUGGUGUUCUAUGCCAACCUGAAAGGUGAAUGUAUUGCUCCAAUGACAGUGCUGUUCAAAAGAAGGAAUGACAGUUUCAUUGGUGUAAUUAGUGUUGGAUUUGAAGUCACACUCAAGAUAGUAUAUGCCGAUGAGGACUUUGCUGUUAUAUACAGUUGCCUGUCAAAGGGCAAAGAUAUUCCAUGCUCUGACAGUGAGAGUGGAUCAUCUCCUAUUAUUUAUGUUAACAGCAGAUCUAAAGAUACAGAGUUAGAAGAAGUUGUGAAAAGAUUACAGGAAAAUAAUCUCAAUACAACAUGUAUAACAAUGCAGAAUCUCAAAACUACUCCGAAAGCAGAUAACUGUCUUCAAGAUGCCGAACCUUGUAAAGUGAACUUCAAUGCUGCAACGAGGAUAAGCAAAUUUAUGGGAAGGCAAUACCCUAUUCAGGCACUGAGUGGAGUACAUUACAUCAACCAUGGGAUAGUUGAAGAAGAUCCUUUUAAGAUGAAAGUUACCAUUGAUGAAAAUAAAGCAUUCAUAGAUCUUGCAAAACAUUCAAGUGAAUGCACACAGUCACCAAGAAUAAGAGGCUAUUAUAUCCCAAAGCGCAAUAGUAUUUUUUAUCCUGAUUAUGACAUCUUGACAACAUAUAUCCCAUAUGAAGAUUGGCUGACCACAGAUAGCUCUCCCCCAGGACUAAUUCACGUAUCUUGCUGGGGGGUUGAGGAUCCAGACUCUGACUAUGAAUGCAAAGAUGUAUUUGUGACUUGGAGUUCCCGCCAGCCAAUCAUGAUGGAAGAAACUGAAGUAUUAUUGGAUAAAAUAUCAUCUGUUUUCUGUUAUGAUACUUCAAAAAUCAACAAAAAGGAUUUAGAAUCUGUGGAAAAGUGUGAAUUUGCUGACUUCAACGCAGAAGAUAUUAAGACAUGUGAAGUUUCCAAGAUACAAACUCAAAAUCAUUUAGACAUGCAAAAAAUGCUAGGGAAGUGGUAUGGAGUUGCAACAUUAAGGUACACCGCAACAUCAUUUGGUCAUUCUGCACUGCUAAACAUCUACAUGGAUGGUGACAUACUCAAGAUCAAAUAUACAUCAUCAAUAAAGGGCCAAUGUUUGCCCCCUGUAGUAGCAACACUGAGACCAGAUGGCACUAAUGUUGGUUCUUAUACAACAGAAGCACUUGGGCAAUCCAGUGUCUUAAAGGUCACCUACCUGGAUGAUGACUACGCAGUGAUCUACCAAUGUGACAAGAUGAACAUCUAUGGGAACUGUCACCAUUCCUCCACCUAUGUGAACAUCCUUAGUAGAGAGGACAAUAUUGAUGAUGCUACUUUUAAAACAUUAGCUGAUAAGCUUAUUCCAUUGUGUAUACCCCCUGGUGAUCUUCUUCAGACUGAACAUGAUGUUGUUUGUUCUCUGGAAGAGGAAUGUAAAGCGGUGAUAAACAAUAUGAGAACACCUCUGAACUUCAGCCCUGAGCAGAUAUACACUGGUACAUAUUAUAGUACACAUACAAAAAGAGGGAUGACCUCAUGGCAGUCUAUAAGUACUCACUUUAUAUUGCUUGGACCUGGAAGGGUUAAGAUGUGGACCACUGGAGCAAGCGGUGGACAAUGUCUUAGAAUUGUUGAUUUUGGAACAAUAACUUAUAAUGACACCGAGCCCUACAAAUCCAUGGCAACAGCAAUAAACUCAAUAUUUCACAUCCCUUACCUUAGUAAAGAUAAGCAAGCUUUUAUCCUGUUUGGUUGUGCUGGGAAUACCAACUAUGGCAAAGCCUGUCCAGAUGAGUACCUGUUUGUUGAGUACUACUCCAGAUCACGCCACCUGCCAGCCGCUAUAAAGCAGGAGCUUGAUGGACAGUUGGAACUUCUUUGUACAAAGCCCAACGAAAUGGAUGAGAUUAGUCAUUCUUUGAAUUGUCCAUUUAAUAUUGGAACCAGAUCAUUGUCAGAGUGCAGGGUUACAAAGAUGACAACCUUUCAAGACUUAGACUAUGUGAAGUUUUCUGGCACGUGGUAUGGUAUUGCAACAUUGAGGAAUGACGUUGGGACAUUUGGGGACUCAGCUAUUGUUCACAUCACCAGUGACAUCAUAAAGGAUCACAUUGAUAUCUCAUAUACAUCAUCAUUGCAUGGGAAUUGCCUGCCCUCUACAAAGCUAAGACUGGAGCCAGACUUAGAGGAUGCAUCAGCUUUCAAUGUAGUCGACUUUGGUAUUAAAAGUCAUAUCAGGGUGGUCUGGACAGACUACCAGCUCAGUGUGCUUUACCAAUGUGACCACAUAGAGGAAGAUGGCUUAUGUGAGCCAGAGUCCACACAUGUUACCAUACUCAGUAGAAACCCAGGAAGCAGGCUAAAUGAGGUGCUCAUUAAAGAGCUGAAAGUAACACUCGAUUCACUGUGUGUUGAUACAAAUGAUGUGGUAGCAGCUAAACAUGAUGCUUAUCUAAAGUACAUGGCAUUAACAGACACAGGUGCUUCGAUGAUUUAUAUAUGUCGUGGCCCUCUAGAUGGAGAUGGUAACUGUAUGUUAGAGAAUGUGUAUGUGGAAUAUUAUUCCCUUGACACCGUUCUCUCUCCACAAGAUGAAGCUGUCUUCUCUAAACUUCUGGAGAGAACGUGCACUGAUCCUACACAAAUGAAGCCUGUCAAUCAUAAAGUAAAAUGCUUCACAAGAGAAAAGUUGGAUAAGAUAUGCAAGGUUGAUGACAUCAAGACUCAGCAAGACUUUGAUAAUUAUAAGGCUGCAGGUCUGUGGUAUGGAGUUGGUGGUUUGCCUAGUAGUUUGGAAUCAUUUGGUAGUUCAGCUGUUGUCUAUGUACAGCCUAUAGACCAGGACUCCUUCACUGCUACAUAUACAUCUUCAGAUGGUGUGACCUGUUUUGAGCCUGUGAAUGUUCGCUUUAACAGAUCAUCAGCAGACGGGGGAACAUAUAUAGGAACAUAUCAGAACAUUACAAGUCAUCUCAAAAUCAUAAGAAGUAUCUACGACUGGGCAACAAUUGUCUACCAAUGUGACAAAAUACUCCCUGAUGGCCAGUGUGAUCCCUCUAUGCUUUACUUUAAUGUUAUCACAAGAAAGUAUCCUGCCAUUUACUCAGACCAGGAUAUAAAACACCUGAACCAUAUUCUUUCUUCUGUUUGUCUGUCAUUCCAGGAUAUCAUCUCCUUCCAGAAUACAGCAAAAUGCUCUUUGGAUACUGGACUUGUUCAUACCUGUGCAAUAAAUCAGUUUACAACACACCGGGACUUUGAUAAACAGAGGUUUGAAGGUAUAUGGUAUGGUGUAGCAACACUGGAUAGUUCAUUUUCAUCAUUUGGCGAUGCAGCAGUGGUUAACAUAACAUCAGCACCAACUGGAUUGAAGCUAAAAUACACCUCAUUAUAUGAAGGUAGAUGCUUGCCACCGAUCACUGUCAGCAUACAGCAAUCUGAAAAAGAUCCUGCUACAUUUGGGGCAGAAGCAUAUGGAAUUCAAAGUAUCAUGAAAGUGAUCUACACAGACUAUACUGUAGCAUUGAUAUACCAGUGUGAUGCUAUUAAAGAUGAUGGUCUAUGUGAGAAUGAUAAAGUACACUUGAACGUGAUACACAGGGACCCCAAUGUUAAGUUCAGUAGAUCCCUCAUUGAGAGAUUUAAGGUGUUAAUUGACUGGAUGUGUGUCGACGUGUCACAGAUGACUAACAGCAAGCAUGAUGUUAGUUGCAGUAUCAAAUAUGACCCAAGUGCAGCGUGCCAGUGGGAUGACAUCCCAGGAGUUCAUAGAGGUUUUAACAUGGUGAGGGGAUUGCAAACGAAGACUCAUUUCAGGAACACUGAUCCAAGCUUUGCAAAAGUGCAUUACAUGUAUAAUAAAACAGAGAGUGUGGAGGUCAUAUUCAGAAUUGCUGUAGAUGGUAUAUGUCAGGAUCAAAAGUCGUUGAAAAUUUCAGGCUACCAAAGUAUUGAUGGAACAGAAAUUGUAACUGAGGGUGCAAAUGCUGUCAUGAAGGUUAUUGCUGCAACAAAGAAUAAUGAGUUUGCCAUAUUAUCCUGUGUAAAGUAUGAUGAUGUUGUCAACACUGGAGUCUGCCCAGCACAAUACGUAGUUAUGGAAUACAUAUCUGAUAAGAUGGAGAUUGAUUCUAAAGUAAAGGAAGAGUUUGAUGAGAUAGUUGCAAAUGCCUGUGUUGACCCAUCUACAAUCAAGCCUGUUCCAUUAGUGGACUGUCCCUUGGAUAUAGAAAAAGGGGCCAUCACUGAACUGGAAAAUAAGAAAUGCCUCUUUAGUGAUAUUCAUUCAAUGGAAGGAUUUCAAUUAGACAAGUUUUCUGGUACCUGGUAUGGUCUUGCCACAUCGAAGAGAAGUUCUAACUCUUUUGGUGAUGCCUCUGUGUUGAAGAUUUAUAGAGGGGAGAUGGGGGAAAUGGAGAUCAGAUACACUUCUUUAGUAAAUGGCAUUUGCCUCCCCCAUGUGUUAGUGUCUCUGCAUCAGUAUGGGACUAAAACUGGUUCUUUCAUUGCCAGAGCACAUGGUGUAACAAGUUUCAUCAAGGUUUUGACAACUGACUACAAUAGUUUGGCAUUGAUAUACCAGUGUGAUGUAAUAGCAGAAGACGGCCAGUGUGAUCCAACAGGCAGACAUGUUGAUAUACUGACUAGGAAUAGGUCUCUGGAGUUAAAUCUUAUGUCAGUGUUUAACUACAAAGUGUCACUUGCCAGUGUCUGUGUAAAGGAGGAAGACCUCGUCAGCAGAGACCACAGUAUUGGAUGUUCUCUGGAUGUGAAGCCACUGGAUGAGUGUACACCUCAGUCUGUGCCCCUUGCCACCAAUCUGGAUGCAGCAACCAUUUUCCAAGGCAAAUGGUUCAUCACACACAUCUUAAAAGGAUCAAGGAGCUGGGAUUCCUUAGCUCUUUUAUUUUCCAAUUAUCACAUUGAUCCUGAGGAAAAUGAAAUCCACUUCAAAGCAUGUGCCACUGGAGCCAGGAAUGGUGUUUGCCAGCCUAAGUUAUGUAAACACAUUGAUGUUGACAGAAACAAUACAGCAGUUUUUCCAGUUAGAUCUGGCAAUAGUAUUACAAAGUUUAUGAUCGUGUCUGUAUCUCCUGAUGGACGCUCAAUGUUGGCCUACACCUGUCUCACUGAAACUGAACAAGACAAGCCAUGUCCUUAUAAUCUUAGACUUGUAGAAUACAGGUCUCGAGAGAGUAUUUUACCAGCUGAACACAAAACCCAGUUUGACAGCUUGCUUCCACAGCAACUAUGUACUGACCCUGCCAACUUGGAGCAAGUGGACCAUGAUACAGCUGAAUGUGACUAUGACCGGGUGUACACUUGUAAAGUAGAAGAUAUAGAAAGUCAUAAAGAUCUAGAAGUGACCAAGCUCCAAGGUAUUUGGUAUGGUGCAUCCAGUCUAAAAGGAUCAGAGGCUUCAUUUGGUAGUUCGUCAGUCCUGAGGAUAAAUUCAAGCUCUGAUGGCAGCUUAGAAGUCACAUAUGCUUCAUCAUUGGAAAGUAAAUGUCUUAUACCUGUAACAUUGUCUCUGGUACCUGUACACAGUAAGCCCUCUACAUUCACUGCCACAGCCUAUGGAUUACACAGUGUGAUUAAGGUUAUGUACACUGACUAUGACAAUGUACUCACCAUAUAUCAGUGUGAUAAAAUCACACAAGAUGGCACAUGUGACCCAACAAAGCACCAUCUAAACAUGCUAUCCAGAACUAGAAACUCAAAAUUUGAUUUGCUGAAAACAUUGGAAUUUGUUGGUGCAGCGAAAACAAUGUGUAUUAAUAUUAAGGAUGUGGUCCCAACAGAACAUGCAGUUGAGUGUCCACUGGAAAAGACAUGUACAAUGAACUCUGUUCCAGCAGCUGUAUUUGAGGCAUCAGAGAUGUAUUCUGGUGUGAAGUACACAACACAUAUAAUGUACGGAGAAUCUUCCUGGGAGUCGAUUAUGUCAUACUAUGAGGUAUCCUCCGAUCCAUUAUCGAAUGAGGUCAGCAUUUGGGUGACAGGGGCACAAAAUGGCAGAUGUCUACCUACUCUGUAUGGUAUCCUGGCCCCAUUCAUCACUUGGCCUAAUUAUUACAUUUCGUUAUCCAUAAAAACCAUUUCCAAAGUUGUGUAUCUAUCUGAGGACAGAGCCACAGGGAUAGUAUAUGGCUGUAGUGGGAAUAUGGCACGUGAUAAACCAUGUCCCAAUGGACUUGCUUAUGUGGAAUACUUCUCAAAUACAAGGUCUAUAAGUGAACAAGAUAAAGCUGUUAUGGAUGCAUUUGUAUUGGACAACUUGUGUGAGGACCCAAGAUUCAUAGUGCCUGUUAACCAUGAAGUUCAUUGUGAAAUAGACCGUGAAGUGAGCCAACCUGAAUACUCAUGCAACUUGAAUGACAUUACAAGUCAGAAAGACAUUGACAUGGAAAAGAUGUCAGGAUUGUGGUAUGGUUUGGCUUAUCAUAAGACAAACUCAGCUUCCUUUGGUGAGGCGUCUGUGGCUCAGUUGGUGCCACAGAAUGGAGGCAAAGUAAAGAUCACAUACACAUCAGCCAGAAAUGGAGAGUGUCUGACCCCAAUUACUGCUGAAUUGAUUCCUAUAAAGGAAAACUCGGGUAGAUACCUUGGUAAAGCUAUGGGAGUGCUCAGUCAUGUGAUUAUCUUGUACACGAACUAUGAAAUAGUGAUGAUGUACCAGUGUGACAAAGUAAACAAAGAUGGCACUUGUGUUAAGAACGCCACCUAUGUUGAUGUCCUGGCAAGAGACCCUAAAACAAAGCUGAAUCAGAUUAUGCUGGCUGAGAUGAUAUUCUCACUGGACUCUCUUUGUAUUGAUAUAAGGGACGUGCAGAGUACUAAACAUCCUUUUUCCUGUCCCCUUGAGUCUUCAUGUACAAUACAAAACAGUCCAACACCAGAUAUUUACUCUGGGAGAUGGUACACAACUCAUGCUAUUAAAUCACACAAUAUCUUAGAUUCUACUAGUAAUUUGAUUGGUCUUACUCGAUACAACACAUCAGUUCUUGAUAUUUAUGGAGAGAAAAAAUCUACAAUGGCUUUCACAAAUUGGGGAACUUUUUCGGACCAUGGAAAGUGUAUUGGCAGCCCAUACAUACAAGGACAAUUCCUGAACAAUGAUCCACUUUUAGCAGUCUAUAAGGUUCCUGAAACUGAAAGGAUGCUGGAAGAAUACAUGGGGAUGGACAAAGAUGAUAGCGAUGUCAUUUCAAUUUUCAAGCCAGUGUACAUUCAUGCCAGUAAUAAGUACAUGAUUUGGUAUGGGUGCUCCAAAACUGUCAGUGUGGAUGAACCAUGCCCCACUGAGUUCCAGUAUGUAGAGUAUGCCUCUAGGGAGCCUAGCAUACCCCCUGAGGUGAAAUCUGAGAUGGAUACCUUUGCAGAGAAGAAUCUGUGUAUUCUAGCAGAGUGGAUGGGAGAAGUGAACCACGAAGUUGAGUGCCCACUUGAGAAAACAUGCACCAGCAACUCAUUCCCAAAGCCGGAACAUUUUGAUACCUAUGAUGGACUGUAUUAUGCAACCCACAUACUAAAGGGAGGGACUACAUUGCAAGCAGUGACAAGCUUGGCUAAUGUAUCAGGAAAUGAUUCUGUGUACUGGUUUAGUGGUAUAUUGAGCAAUGGGGACUGCAUGAAUCAACUUCGCUUUGAGGGGAAGAAUGUCAUGAUUAACUCAUAUACAGCUGAACUUGCAAAUAUAAAUUCCUAUUACCAGAUUGUCUAUGUGACACCAGACAAGCUAAGUAGAAUUGAAAUUGGAUGCUUUGCCAGUAUAGACAGAGACUCACCAUGUCCACAUGAGGCUUCUACAAUACAGUAUCAGACAAAGCAGCCACCAUUGACAGAUGAAGAUAAGCAGAGCUUUGAUGCUUUUGUUGAGUCUACUGGAUGUCUUUCAGCAUCAGAUAUGAUUCCAUUGGAGAUUGACAUUGAAGACAGGUGCAUUCCAGACCCUAGUAAACCAUAUAACCAGCCAGUUGUUGGCGUCUGUCGAGUCAAUGAUAUGAAGACACAGAUAGGAUUUGAUAAACUAAAGCUGGAAGGAGUCUGGUAUGGUGUUGGUACUCUUCCCACAAGUGAGAAAUCUUUUGGAUCAUCAGCAACAGCCAUGGUUCACACUGCAAGUGACGCAAUGUACAUAGAUUAUACUUCUGCUAUAAAGAACAGGUGCCAAGCUCCUGUUAGGGUGAGUUUGACUGGAACAAAUGAUCCUGGAACCUUCAUUGCUGAGGCCUUAGGAGUUAAAAGUGUAUUGAAGGUGAUCUACCUUGCAAAUGACGCAACCUUAGUGUACCAAUGUGAUAUGGUUCUGGAAAGUGGUGAAUGUAGCAAAGAUGCAGUCCAUCUUGAUGUGUUGACACGUAAACAGAAUCCUAAACUGAAUACUGUUGUUAUAGCUGAACUUCAGAUGCUGUACUUUGAAAAGUUAUGCAUUAAUGCAUCUGAGAUACAAAUUACAAAACAAGAAGUAACUUGUUCCUUGGUAUCACAAUGUUCUGUUAACAAGUCCCCAUCACCAAAAGUAUUCAAUUACAAAGAGAUUUACUCUGGACAGUGGUACAUCACACAUUCCAUCAGGAAUUCAGGAACCAUGGAUUCAUGGACCCAUACUUUUAGUAUUUCCAACAUGACCAUUGAUGGAAAACCAAAUUUUGCAUUCAUAAACAGGAUUACAAAUGCCAGGAACGGUUCCUGUGAAUCUGAAAUGAUUCUGCAUGGUCGGUUUAUCAAUAAUAAUCCACUGUAUGCGGCUACAGGCUUCUCUGAACAUACGCCACAUAUUACAAAGCCUGUGUACAUCACCUCAGAUGAGAAACAUGUGAUAUGGUAUGGCUGCACUGGCCAGAUCGAUGACCCCUGCCCGGCGGAGUCCAUCAUUUAUACAUCUAGGGAACCUAGCUUACCCUAUGUGGUAGAAUCAGAGUUUGAUCUCUUCAUCGAGGAACACUUGUGCGCUGAUCCAGACUGGAUGGAAACAGUUAACCAUGAUGUGAAGUGUCCUGAUAAAGAGAUGUGUUCCAGUAAUAACCUACCACAACCAGCACCUUUUACAGCAGAGAAUUUGAAAGGAGUUUGGUAUGUUGCCUAUACAGUGAAGUUUGAAUCCACUUUACAUACCAUAACAGUGGAUUAUGAUGUCACAAUAGAUAAUGUGACUGGGUCAGCUACUUUUGACUGUGUAAUGGGUGGUAUUACAGGUGUUGGAGAGUGUCUGCAACAAAGAGGAGUUUCACUUCCAAUGGCUAGAUCAAACUUAAUGACCAUCAAUGGCUAUUACCAGAUUCUGGACAUCUCCCCUGACAAUUCCAGUAUUCUCUUCUUUGGCUGUAACAACUACAUUGAUCUUGGCACACCUUGCGCUCCUGAAUCUUUCUACCUAGAAUACCUUACUAAGACUCCUCCAUUAAGCGAUGAUGUUAAGAAACAGUUUGAUUUAACAGUUGAAAGGUCUGGUUGUGCUUCAGCUGCUGAUGUACGUCCUAUGCAUAUAGAUUAUGAUGGCCAGUGCCUUCCAGACCGAAGUAAGCCAAUCAACCAGCCUUAUACUGAGACUUGCCAGGUGAAAGAUAUCAAAACUCAAGUUGACUUAGAUAAAAAACUAUUCAAAGGUCGGUGGUAUGGAAGAGUUCAUAUCUCUGACACAAGUGAAUCAUCAUUUGGGUCAUCAUCAACAGCUUAUGUUGAUGUACUCGAGGAUGGCAACAUAACAAUAACAUACACCUCUGUAAUUGAUGGAGAAUGUCAAGAACCUGUUAAAGCCAUGUUGACCCCAACAGAAGACCCUGGUACUUUCCUUGGAUAUGCUCUUGGUGUAACAAGCAUAAUAAAAAUUAUCUUUACGAAUUAUGAGAUUGCCUUGGUGUACCAGUGUGACAGUGUGUUGGAAACUGGAGAAUGCAGUGAAAAGCAUCUUCAUCUUGAUGUUCUUAGUCGAACCACAUCAGAUAAAAUAAACACCAUCCUAAUAGCUGAGCUGAAUAUAUACUUACAGAAAUACUGUAUUGAUUCUACGCGAUUGAAAAAAACAGACCAGGAAGGUAGAUGUAAUGUGUAUUCAAGCCUCAACAGAACAUGUAACGUUGACGAAGUGGCAGUGCAGCAACAGUUUAAUGCUUCUAAAUUCUAUGGUAAAUGGUAUGAUAUCGCUCGAACAAGGUACACUGAGGGAAAUACAUACGAGCAGGGUAUAGGUGUCUUCCAACCAGGAGGUAGUGAUGAUGAAAUGUAUAUGUACUAUGUAGGCCUAGAUAAAGCUGGAGUUUGUAUAGAUCCUGUGAAAGGACUUCUGAAAUUCAGAGACCCCUCCAAGCAAAAUGGUGACUUCAUGAUAUACAUAGAUAUUGCUGUAGAUCAAUGGAAAACAGAAAUAAAUUAUAAUUAUAAAGUUGUGUACACUGACUACCAUAAUGCUGUUAUCUACUCUUGUUACAAUCAGGCCUCUGAUGGGACAUGCAAACGAGAAUUCCUGCAGGUGGAUGUCCUCAGCAGAUCACCUAGUAUACCAUAUCAUAAACAGCUAGAUUUGGCGAAAAUCAUAGAUGGCCUUUGUAUAGAUGUAGAAGAUAUCAUCUUCACAAAACAUGGAGAUACUUGCCAGCUGCCACAAGGAUUCAAUGGCUACUAAUAUCUGCUACAAAGAAAAGCUGUUUCUAUCCAAACUUUGAGUGCCACUCAUAUCUACAAAAUACAAAACUUUGAGGACUAUGAAUGUUCAGUUCUUAUCUCUAGACUUUGAAGACUUAACCACAAUUUGGUGAAUUGAUAUCCCUACUUUGAUGGAUCCAAACUUUAAUGAAGACUCUAUCCAGACUUUGAUGGAUACUAAAUGUCCAGAUAAUGUGCCAACAUUGUGCUCACUAAAUAAUGCAACAGAGCAAUUAUAACUACAGUAAUGAUGCUACAACAUUUUGAAAUCUUUGGAUGUUUGAAAAUUAAUUGUACUAUUAU